AUGGCCGAGGUUAGACAGGAGCCAUCAGCGCCACGAGCCGUGCGCGUCUGCCGCAUCUGCGUGGAUUUCCUGCGCAACCCCGCUGCUGCCGUGGAGCCCUGCGGACACGUGUUCUGCCACGCCUGCAUCCAGCCCCAGGCUGCCACCGACGCCGCCGCCACCUGCCCCACCUGCCAAGGGCCCAUCGGCAGCAUCCGUGUGCUGGAGGGCCAGGACAACCCAGCCCCGGUGGCCCCGCGUCGCCCCCGCCGCCGCCUCCAUCCCUUCGUGGCGCGGUGGCGCCAGCGGCAGCAGCAGGAGGCGCAGGAGGAUGCGGCUCCUGGAGAUUGUCACCAGUAUACGAACAGGAGCUGUGAAGAAUGCCUGAAAAAUGUCACUUGCCUGUGGUGUGCCAGCAGCAGGAGGUGCAUGGAGUACCCCGUCCGAAGAAUCCUCCCGCCGGCCGACCUGUGCGAGCUCCGCUCGGCGCGCUGGGGAGUCUGCUGGGUGAACUUUGAAGCCCUGAUCAUUGCAAUGUCCGUGGUGGGAGGAACACUUCUGAUCAUGUUGGGGGUCUGCUGCUGCUGCUGUUGUUGUAAGAAAAAGAGCAAAAAGCCGGACAAGGAUGAUGAGAGAGCAGCCAGGGAGCGGGAGAAGAGGCGGGUGCGGCAGGAGGAGAGGAGAGCAGAGAUGAAAUCACGGCAUGAUGAAAUCCGAAGAAAAUACGGCCUGUUCAAGGAAGAGAACCCUUACGCAAAAUUUGAGAAUUAGCAUCUCCAGACACACCCACCCACCCUGGUGAACAGUGCCUUCUGCAGAGCCAAAAGUCUCCAGGCUUCCCCCCACCACCAUGGUGCCACUUCAACUGCCACAGAAGAUGACCCAAAUCCUUGGUGACACCAUUGUCCCCACUCCAGGUGCUUGGUCUGCCCAGACUUUGCUCUUGCCCUGCUGGUGCAAGAAACCAUGGUGACAAUACUGGAAGAUGGGGCAUUUUUUCCUCACUCACCCCAGGGUGGUUGUGGUGUCCAAAGCAAUGCACGUAACAGUCCUUGUCCCAGCCAAGGGCAAAAGCAAUGUCACACAUCUCCCUCACUCCUGCCUCACCAAGGACACUUCAUGCACACAGAGCUAGCCUCUUCUGCUCUUCCUCCCCCUCUUUUUUUUUUUUCUUUUAGUAUAUGCAAAAGCCAGCAAGAGUUUCCUGACGUAAGGGCUAGCAGGAGGCUUUGGCUGUCACUCCAGGUGCAUGCACUUAUCCCAGCACAUUAGCAGUCCUCUCAAAGAGCACAAGUUUCUGGUGAUCUGGUGCUUCCAGGAGGAAGGUCUCAUGUGCACCUUCUCACUUGCAACUAAUCUGGGGAAAUGCCCCAACUCUCCUGCCUCUCUGUGCCUUUCUAGAAAGGUGGUCUUGGGCUCAAUGGCCACGUCUGUUAGCAAUACUGUAAGUUUCAAGUGCAUUUACAAUAUGCUGACUGUAUAUUAAACUGAUUCAAUUAC